GACAGAGUGAGGCUGUGGUCAGAGAGGAGGAGCUUUCUUAGUCCUCAGCUGUUUCCAGGAAGCUGCUGCAGCUUCAUCAUGUCUCAUAUUAACGUCAUCUAAAGGUGCAGCAGCUGAUCUUUGCUCUUUGUGUCUCAGAGUGACGGCAGCCUGCAGACACAGAGGAGGAUUUUCUCUCAGACCUGGUCCACACAGCAGAGAGCUGCAGAGGAAGAAGCUGAGUGAAGGUAGAAAGUGUGUGUGAGCUGCUGUGAGUUGAGCAUCAUGGAUGAGUGUGAAGACAGAGAGGAGGGAGUCCCUCCCUCUAAAAGCUCUCUGUGUGGGGAACAGGAGAACCAGAGCAAAGCUCAGAGGAAUCCACCUGGACCUGGACCUGGACCUGGACCUGGACCUGGACCUGGACCUGGACCUGGACCUGGACCUGCAUCCAGCUGUGUGUCCUUAAAGAGUGACUGCUCUAAGGCUCAGUCGGUUGAAUUUAAAGGAGAACAACAUCCUGCUGCAGAGGGAGUGGAGCAGCAGAACUCAGAGGUUCCCAGAGCUCAGUCUGUCCAGCAGCAUGACCUGGACUCCAUAUUCAUGCUGCUGGAGGACAACAUGGUGACUUUUGUGAAGAAGGAGCUGAAGAAGAUACAGAAGCUUGUGAGUCCAGAUUACCCAGAAUGCUCAGAGAGUCAAAAGGAGGAUGAGGAGGAGUUGGAGGGUGAUGAUGAAGAUCAGAGGAGUAGCAGAGAGAUGUUUCAGCAGAUCACAGUGUUGUUCCUGAGGAGGAUGAAGCAGGAGGAGCUGGCUGACUUUCUGCAGAGCAGACUACCUGCAGUCUGUAGACUUAAACUUAAAUCUUCUCUGAAGAAGAAGUUCCAGAGAGUGUUUGAGGGCAUCGCUAAAGCAGGACAGCCGACCCUCCUGAAUGAGAUUUACACAGAGCUGUACAUCACAGAGGGAGGGACUGCAGAGGUCAAUGAUGAACAUGAGGUCAGACAGAUUGAAGCAGCAUCCAGGAAAGCAGACAGAGCAGAAACAAGCAUCAGACCAGAAGACAUCUUUAGAGGGUCACCUGGAAGAGAUGGACCAAUCAGAACAGUGAUGACAAAGGGAGUGGCUGGCAUCGGAAAAACAGUGUUAACACAGAAGUUGACUCUGGACUGGGCUGAAGACAAAAGCAACCAGGACAUCCACUUCAUGUUUCCAUUGACUUUCAGAGAGCUGAAUGUGCUGAAAGAGAGAAAGUUCAGCUUGGUGGAACUUGUUCAUCACUUCUUCAGUGAAACCAAAGCAGCAGGAAUCUGCAGCUUUGAAGACUUCCAGGUUGUGUUGAUCUUUGAUGGUCUGGAUGAGUGUCGCCUUCCUCUGGACUUCCACAACAAUGAGGUCCUGACUGAUGUUACAGAGUCCACCUCAGUGGAUGUGCUGCUGACAAACCUGAUCAGGGGGAAGCUGCUUCCCUCUGCUCGCCUCUGGAUAACCACACGACCUGCAGCAGCCAAUCAGAUCCCUCCUGACUGUGUGGACAUGGUGACGGAGGUCAGAGGGUUCAGUGACCCACAGAAGGAGGAGUACUUCAGGAAGCGAUCCAGAGAUGAGGAGCAGGCCAGCAGUAUCAUCUCCCACAUGAAGACAUCACGAAGCCUCCACAUCAUGUGCCACAUCCCAGUGUUCUGCUGGAUCACUGCUACAGUUUUGGAGAAGCUGCUGAGAACCAGAGAAGGGGGAGAGCUGCCCAGGACAAUGACUGAGAUGUUCAUCCACUACCUGGUGGUUCAGGUCAAAGUCAAGAAGGUCAAGUAUGAAGGUGGAGCUGAGACAGAUCCACACUGGAGUCCAGACAGCAUUAAGAUGAUUGAGUCUCUGGGAAAACUGGCUUUUAAUCAGCUGCAGAGAGGAAACCUGAUCUUCUAUGAGUCCGACCUGACAGAGUGUGGCAUCGAUGUGGAAGCAGCCUCAGUGUACUCAGGAGUGUUCACACAGAUCUUUAAAGAGGAGAGAGGGCUGUACCAGGACAAGGUGUUCUGCUUCGUCCAUCUGAGCGUUCAGGAGUUUCUGGCUGCUCUUCAUGUCCAUCAGAUCUUCAUCAACACUGGAAUCAACUUGCUGGAAGAACAACAAACAACAUCUCGUUGGUCUGAACUGUCCCAAAGUAAAUCAACAGUUUUCUACCAGAGAGCUGUAGACGAGGCCUUACAGAGUCCAAACGGACACCUGGACUUGUUCUUGCGCUUCCUCCUGGGUCUGUCACUGCCAACCAAUCAGAAACUUCUUCAAGGCCUGUUGACAGAGACAGGAAGGAGCUCACAGACCAAUAAGAAAACAGUGGAGUACAUCAAGAAGAAGAUCAGUGAGGAUUUGUCUGCAGAGAGAAGCAUCAAUCUGUUCCACUGUCUGUAUGAACUGAAGGAUUUUUCUCUAGUGGAGGAGAUCCAACAGUCCCUGAGAUCAGGACGUCUGUCCACAGAUAAACUGUCUCCUGCUCAUUGGUCAGCUCUGGUCUUCAUCUUACUGUCAUCAGGAGAAGAUCUGGAGGAGUUUGACCUGAAGAAAUACUCUGCUUCAGAGGAUGUUCUUCUGAGUGUGCUGCCAGUGGUCAAAGCCGCCAAGAAAGUUGUACUGAGUGGCUGUAAUCUGUCAGAGAGAAGCUGUGGAGCUCUGUCCUCAGUCCUCAGCUCCCAGUCCUCCAGUGUGACAGAGCUGGACCUGAGUAACAACAACCUGCAGGAUUCAGGAGUGGAGAGUCUUUCUGCUGGACUGGAGAGUCCACACUGUAAACUGGAAGCUCUCAGGCUGUCAGGCUGUCUGGUCACAGAGGAAGGCUGUGCUUCUCUGGCCUCAGCUCUGAGCUUCAAGACAUCAAAUCUGAGAGAGCUGGACCUGAGCUACAACCAUCCAGGAGACUCAGGAGAGAAGAUGCUGUUGGCUAAAGUGGAGGAUCCGCACUGUAGACUGGAAACUCUCAGGGUGACGCCUGCUGGAGUCCGAUGGUUGACACCAGGUCUGAGGAAGUAUUCCUGUCAACUCACAGUCGACACAAACACACCACACAGAAUCCUCCAACUGUCUGACGACAACAGGAAGGUGACACUUGUGGAGGAGGUUCAGUCGUAUCCUCAUCAUCCAGACAGGUUUAACUGGCCCCAGCUGCUGUGUGGAACUGGUCUGACUGGUCGCUGUUACUGGGAGGUGGAGUGGAGAGGAAAGGUUCUGAUAUCAGUGAGUUACAGAGGAAUCAGAAGGAAAGGAGACAGAGAUGACUGUAUGUUUGGAUUUAAUGAUCAGUCCUGGAGUCUGAUCUGCUCUGAUGAUGGUUACUCUGUCAGACACAAUAACAGUCUAACAUCCAUCAGGUCCUCCUCAGUCUCUCACAGAGUUUCAGUUUAUGUGGACGUUGAUGCUGGAACUCUGUCCUUCUACAGAGUCUCCUCUGACUCUCUGAUCCACCUCCACACCUUCAACACCACAUUCACUGAAACUCUCUAUCCUGGAUUUGGGUUCAUGUGGUUGCCAGGUUCCUCAGUGGUUCUGAGUUGAGUUUAACGGUUGCUAAUUUGCGGUUGAGGGAUCUGAGGACUGCCUUGAAAGUUCUGCAUGAUGUUCUACAGAAAUAUUACGUGAUUCUCAGGGUUGAACACUUGGAGAGGAUGUCUAGGAAAGCUGUAAUGCAGAAAUGAAGGGCUACAGUGCAGCGAGAACAGUCAGCUCCAGUUUAAAGACUGCUGUAGCUCCGUCAGCCACUAGGGGGCAUCAGUGUCUUCACAACCAACCGUCAGCUUGUUGCAGCUGAGGUCAUGGAGGGUCACACUGCAUCACUGCUCUGAGUUUCCUCAUUAUAAAGCUUCUCUCUUCCACCAAGUAUGAAACCAGGACAUACCGCUAUUUGAACAUAACCUAAGACCUGUAAAAUCAAGACUAAAAGACAUUGCUUUUUCAGUGUGUUUUGAGCAACAGGUUUUUACAGUUUUAAUGUGAAGCUGCACAACAUUGUGAAGCGCUUUUUUCAUUUAGUCAACUAUCUGCCUUUUCAUAAGAAAAAAGAAAUCAACGUUUUAGCUUGAAAUUGUGAGGUAAAGGUCAUAAUUGUGACCCAGUAAGUGAAGCUGAGGAUAUUUAAUUAAACUAGUUGCUCACAGUUUUGUCUAACUAAAUCAAAAGAAUCAGUGCUUUCAUCUUGUGUGACUUUUAAUGUGUUUUGUUUUUGUGGACUACACACUCAGGAAUGUCAUCAUUUAGCUUUUUUGUUGCUCUUUUCACGUUGUCUUGGGUUUGAUCUGCUUCAUAAUCCAGAGACAGUUUGAUAUUUCCUCUGGAUUUGAUGAUAAUCACAACAGAACUAAUGCUGGAGGAUGUUUCAGCAUCUAUUUGUCAACUUGUUGUAGUUUUAAAGGUUCAUUCUACCCAAAAUACUACCUUCUGUCCAAGUAGUUGUAGUUUAAAAGUUUACUCCACAUACAUAGUACUUAGUAGAAGGUUUAUUCUCCCAAAAAAUACCACUUUCUAUGCAACUAGUUUACGUUUUAAAGGUUCAUUCCACCCAAAAUUCUACUUUCUGUUCAAGUACUUCUAGUUUUAAGGAUUUAUUGCGUCCAUAAUUCUACUUUCUGUCCAGGAGCUUCUUUGGAAAUGUAGACUAAAUGAGCACGAUUUCAGCCAAACUGUUUAUUGUUCUUAUCUUGGUGUGCAGUAACUCUGUUUUUAAUCUCUGGACUGUGACAUUCAGGAUGCUAGCUUAGAAUCAUUUUCAACAUUUUUAAUCAAUAACUGAUUUUUUAACACUAACUGAACACAGUGGACAUUUGUUCUGUAUUAGUGUUGCUGUUUUAGUCAAUAUUAUGGGUCUGCAGCAGAAGUCCUUCUAGUUUUAAGGGUUUAUCGCAUGUAAAAUACUGCUUUCUGUGUAAAUAUUUUGAGUUUUAAAAGUUUAUUCUUCCCUAAAUAUUACUUUUUGUUCAAAUACUUACAGUUUUAAAGGUUUACUCCGCAUAAAUAAUACUUUUCUGAUCAACAAAUUAUGGUUUUAAGCGUUUAUUCCAACCAAAAUAUAUUUUUUUGCUCUCUGUUCAUACUGUGUUCAUUGUUUCUUUUAUUUCUGUAUAUUUUGAUUCUGUGCUUGUUGUUUUUAUGGUUUUAUGCCCUGAAUGUUAUUAUUGUUUGUGAAGCAGUACCCCUCUUAAUCCGUCCCAAAUUUCUCCCACAAGAGACAAAUAAAGAACUUUGAUUUGACUUGA